AUGUCCACAGUUUGUGGAGCGGGGUGGUGGCAGCAGGCGAGCGCACGUCUGGAGCAGCGUGGCUGUGAGCGCGCGACCGACACAGUGGAGCGGCGGUGGCAAGCAAGUGAUGUUGCGAGUGCGACUAGUGGAGCGGAGCGGGCAGUGGUGGCGCGGGUGCUCGGCGACGCCGACGCCGUCGCGCUUGGCCACGGCCACGCCACCAACCACCUCCCCCUCAUCUCCUCCUCCUCUUCUUCCUCUUCCCCAAACUGCGACAUCUGCCAGGAGACCCACGCCUACUUCUUUUGCGUCGCGGAUCACGCCCUGCUCUGUCGGACCUGCGACAGCGUCGUCCACAUCGCCAAUGCCUUCAUCUCCGCCCAUUGCAGGUUCCUUCUCACCGGCGUCCACGUCGCCCCUUGACACCACCCCUCUGCUCCUUCGCACCUGGAGCCACUGUUCGCUCGCCGCGUCCCAAGCCCCUCUGCACCUCCUGAGCCCGGAGCCGCCGCUCGCCCGCCGACGUCGCCGCUCCGCCUGCCUCCGGCCGCACGCCGCCGCUGCUCCCCUUCUACGGCAAAUAUAAAAAUGAAGAGAAGAAGAGAAAAAGUAAAAGAGCGGCAAAGAUAAAAAUGAAGAGAAGAAGAGAAAAAGGAAAAGAGAAGGAGAUUGGUGACUAGAUCGUUGACCACAUAUUUUUUUUCUCACUUACAUGUGGAUCCCACAUUUUUAUUUAUUUUAUUUUAUGCUGAUUAGGAUGUCAUGUCAGCAAAAUCGGGCAAAAAUUGAGUCGAUACUGCCAUGGGACCUCCUUUGAACGGUU